CACUUCGUAGGUACGGGUACGUACGUACCGUACCCAAAUCAAGACCACAAAACCCGGGCCAGGAAGUCAAAAUCACCAUACUGCAACUUCAUUCAUCGACUUCUGCCGCCGAUGACAGUCAACAAACCAAACAGAAUGCUGCGGGCGAUUCCCUCCUUGCGGCUUGUGCUGAUGCUACUCCUCGCCAAUCGAAGCACGUGCCUGAUUCCUGGACCGUGGUGUUAUGUCGGUUUGACCUCCUCGGCGCCACACGGUUGUGGCUUCCGAUGCGACGAUGCUCUCCCGAAUCCAAAACCACACGUCGCGAAGAACGAAAGAGAUAGAUUUGCACCAAAAACAAUAACAGCAAACAAAAUUGGCAUUAUCAGCAGCAGUGAUUUCUGCGAUGAUGUUGAUACGACAGCAGCAGCAACGACAACAAUCAUCCGGGGCGGCGACGAUGCAUUUACUACUUGUCGACGACACUGGCUUCGAACCACAGCCAUUUCUAUGGUCUCGGUUUGCUCUUCCGGCUUGGUCGACGCUCCGUUUUUGCCCAAGGAAUCCUUUAAUGUAGCAUCCGCUGUCGACGAGCUGCCCUCUGUGCUCCGAGAUUAUACGAAGCUGGCACCCCUGGGACCGGCCGGAACCAACAACCCCAAGGCAACCUCAACGACCACAACGACAAAGACCAUCGGAUUGGAUCCGGACGAGAUGGCACGCCGCCUCUCCCACGAUCUCUUGGUGGGGGCAACCAACAAGGGGGGCUACUUUGUCUCGGGGGAUCUGUCGCCGGACCUGUUCCGAGACGACUGCGUCUUUGAAGACCCUACCAACCGUGUCAACAGCCUGAGCCAGUACCAGAAGGCCCUGGCCAUUCUCUUCGAUCCGAACCGGUCGGUCGUUGAGCUCCUUGGCGACGGCCUGGUGGUUUCCACUACCGACAAAGAACCCACCACCAUUUCCGGUCGCCUCCGAUCGAGGGGCUACCUAUCGGAAUUCUUUCCGUGGAACCCCUACAUCACGGCCUACGAAACCACGGUCCGGUACACCCUCGAUCCGGCCACCGGACUGGUUGCGAGACAGGACCAGACCUGGACCAAGGGCGCCUCGGAGGCCCUCCGACAAACCUUCACGCCCUCUUUCAACGAUCCACCCCCGCGGUCCACGCGCACGAUCCAAUCAACGAACAGGGAACCCACGGCCGUCACCGCGCUCUUCGAGGCCGUAAACGGAAGGCGGCCCUACGAGUACUCCGCCGAAGAAAGGGCCGAAAUCGAUGCCCGGAUCGAAUCAAUCGUCCAACUGGAAGCGGCAUCCACGCCCGUUACCGGUUCCGCGGUGUCUUCGUCGGCACCUGGUGGUGGUAUUGCCGAUGCUUCUCUGGAGGGCACAUGGGUCGUCGCCUACCUGCAAAAGGGUCCCAGCGGAGCAGGAAUCGAUCGAAGGAUUCCCUUUGUUCCCGAUUGGAACUACAACGACAGUUUUCAGGUCUUUGCCUCUUCCGAUGCCGCCGACGGUGCAAGGGUGACAAACAUUGGCCAGGUGCUGGGGCCCCUGGUCGACAUACGGGUGUCGGGAAGCCUCCGCGAGAUCACGACCACCGGCAACCGCAGGAGGUUUGAGGCCAGCAUAGACGGAGGAAACCUUUGUUUCGGAGGUUCUCUUCCAAGCGGAUCCAGCGCGGUGAGCGGGUCUUGUCCCGUCGCUCUGCCCAUGAUCCGGGGCCGGGGAAUCUUCGAGAGCCUGUACCUCGGAGACCGCAUCCGCAUCGGGCAAAACAUCAAUGGGGGCGGUGCCAGGGUCGUUCAGGUUCGCCUCUGAUCCGAAACCGGGCAUCGCGGCAGUGCGAUUGGUGCGGCACUGUGCAUGCGCGCACGGUACUAGGUGUCGGAAAGGACCGCACGACUAUUUUAUUAUUGCUCAUUAUUCGCCAUAUUGCCUCGGAUUAGUUUCUAUUAGCAUUUUUCGAUAGUGUAUGGAAAUGGGAUGCUUUACAAUGAGAC